ACUAAGCAUCAAUAGACAUCAUUGUACAUCACUAGACAUGAUUAUCCAUCAUUGGACAUCACUGGACAUCACUAUAUACAUCACUAAACGUCACUAUACAUCAUUAUCCAUCACUGGACAUAACUAGACAUCACUAGACGUCACUAAGCAUCAUUAUGCAUCACUAAACAUCACUGAACAUCACUGGACAUCAUUAUACAUCACUAGACAUCACUAGACAUAUCACUAGACAUCAUUAUCCAUCACUAAACAUCACUAGACAUAUAUCACUAGACAUCGCUAGAGAUCAUUAACCAUCACUGGACAUUACCAGACAUCACUUAAAGUGAGGCGUAGAUCAUUACGUUACCAGAUCAUUUUCGCUGUUAUGAUGUUGAUUCUCAGUAAAGAUUCUUCAAAAUGUUUUUUGUUUCUUUUUGUUUUUUUGAGCUCCAGUUGCAUUUGUGGAUGCAUGGAUAUCUCGGAAAUCACAAUUGUUAAGAUUAAACGGGCGAUUAAAUUAUUUGAAGAGGCUGUUUGCGAGAGUCCGUCCGGCUCUUUGCUUGUGAGGGAAUGGCCCAGCGCUAGGUCUGACAAUCUGCCCAAUACAGAAUGGUAUACAUCUCCUCCUAUCUUGUUGUGGGACGUGAUUUUUAGUCAUCCUGACCUUAUUUCUCGAUUUUCAUGUCCAUUUUGUUCGGCAACCUGUUUACGAAGAUCUGGAAAGUGGGCAGAUAAAACAUGGGCCAGCUCAUCAUAUGAACCUCGAGUUGUUUAUGACACAAAUUCUGCGAUCCUUCUUGUUUCUCAUAUUUACCUUUGUUCGUCAAAUCAUCAAGUUCCUGCGCAUCAUCCAUCGAUCCUUUCUGCGCUUCCAUCGUCGGUUUUUGUUCCAUUUUUCCUAACUAAUCGGGCGGGUUUCACAGUUGAUAUGUUAACCCAGCUAUCUUCAAUGGUCGACAAUGGUUUAAGUUUUCAUUCGAUCGAGGAUAUUGUGUGUAAUCAAUAUGAGCAAUAUUACUGGCGUCUUAGGUUACGGUACGAGCAAGACAGCUCAACAUUAAAACUUAGUGAAAACGUUAUCCAGAGGCAGAGUUUUCCGCCAUUUGAUCAAAAGGCGUUUCCAUUCCCACACGAAAAAAUAAUUAGAUCAGUGUUUGUAUCGUAUUCUUUGUUGUUCGAUCAGCUCUUUUACGACGACAUGGCUUGUCGUACAUCUAGAUGGCUUGCAUGCGAUCACACGUUUAAAAGUGCAGGCAACAUUGGCUUCACUAGAGAGAGCGACGGACGCUGGAUAAAGUUGAUGAAAUGUGUAUUUAUUGUUUUGGACAAUAACGGUAAAAUUAUUCAUUGGAGAUUUACUAAAGGAGAAUCAUUCAAUGAAGUAAGUGGCAUUUUUAGAGAACUUAAGGACAGGUUUGAACGAUUAAAUACUGAUUUAGAAGGUAUUGUCAUUGAUAAUUGCUGUAAAUGGAGAAGUCAAUUUCAGUCCCAAUUCUUUCCAAACAUUUUGGUAAAAUUAGAUCUUUUUCACGCUGUACAGCGAUUUGUAACCACUUUACCUAUGGCAAUAAGAUUAAAUACAGAUAUAUGCAAAGGGUACGGAUUAAUUUUUCGCCAAUCAAAUGAUCUUGGAAUCAAAAGAUUACAACCAACUCCCGAUAAAGAAACAUUAAUUGCAAAUCUUGAAAGUUUCCAAAGAUGGUGGAAAUCUAAGACGUGGAAGGGAGAAUAUAUUUUGAAUCAAGCGGCAAAAAAAGCUAUCUGCAAUAUAAAGUUGCAUAUUGUGAAAGGCUGCCUUAGUGGAAUCCCUGUUAAUGUAUCAACAUCGCGAAAUGAACGACUUCACAGAAAUAUGAACAAUGUUCUAAAGAUAAAUAAAAUUGGACUGGAGACCGCAUACGUAAGAUGCUCCAGGCUUUUUUUCAAAAUUAAUAACCAAGGAAAUAAUUCAAUUAAAAAACUUAUGGCUUGUUCAAAAGAUCCACCGGACUUUUCCAAACGAGUGGAAAAUUUCGGUUUUGAAACUUUUAGACAGAUUGGUGGUGAGUUAGAAGCUAUUAUACCAGAAAAAAAUGUUAUGAUUUACAAGUCGUUAGAUGAGUUGAGCGAAGAAGUAAUUUGUAAUAUCAGAAACGCUAUCUCAUCAUCACUGCAAACAAGUGAUGAUAUUCAAGAUGAACACACAUACGCCAAAAACAAAGGUAGAGAUAAUAAUAUGGCAAUGGCCAUUGCUGAUUCAGCUAUUAUUUUUUAUGAAUUAUAUAAAGGUUUGGAACACAUUGGAGGAACGCGUUUACUUUUGAAAACUAAUCUUGCACAUCUAAUUGGUCUUGAAUAUGGAAAUACCUUUAAUGCACUAAGAAACAUGCGCUCACAUUUUGCCACUGCGGCAACUACAGAUGGUACAAAGGCGGUACUCACAGGACAUCUUCAAUUUUUUGGACUUGAAGAGGUGGAGGUUCCAGGUGAUGGGAACUGCUUCUUUACCGCUGUUGCAUUUCACCUUUCAACUGUAUUGAACAAAGGAGCUUACAAAGUAAUCGCUGAUCAUCUUAGGGACAUUGGUUUGUUACCGACAAUGUCUGUGCAAGAAUUAUCGACAAGAUUGAGGAAUCUAAUCGUCCAAGAAUGGAGAGGUGAUUUCGCUUCUGAUUAUGCGAGUUUUUUGCCAGAUAAUGUGGACUACUUAUCUGAAGUCGAACAUUACGAAAGGCCUGGUUUUUUUGGAGGUAAUCUCGGUGAUCUUAUGCCAAUGGCAAUGGCAAAUGUAUUGGGAAUUCCACUCGGAAUAAUAACAUCGGAACCCAGCACUCCUAUAAUUAACGUAUGUCCACGUGGGUUUGUCAUGACCGCAACACCAAUUUUCUUGGCAUAUACGUCGUCAGGACCAGGUCACUAUAACGCAGUUUCGCCCAUAGUACCUUUGCAUCCUUCAGGCACUGUCGACACAACAGAGUCGCGUAAUGUAGUGGACUGUAAAGAAAAUUUUAAAUCAUCAACACCUGGACGUAAAGGUUGUAGGUGUGGACAAACGACACAAGCGCAGAAAAAUAGAAAAGCAAAGCCGUUAAAGAAAUAUAAAAGUUAUAAGCGAUGCAACUGCAUGAUUAAAUUUAAAUCUUGUUGCGACAGAUGCAAGUGCGUUGGUAAAUGUGGUGGAUGUACUUGCAAGACAAGAGUCGUCAAAGUUAGAAGGAAAACCAAAUCUUCGCCUCGUGUUAAGCACAUUUUACAGACGCAAAAAAAUAUAUUACCUAGUGGAUCUACACCUGAAGAAAAUACUACAAAUUUCUUGGAAGUCUGUGUUUUGUGUUCUAUUAUCAACUUUUUUCGAUCUGGUUAUUUCACAUUAUGGGAUGCUGAAACGGUUUACAGUUUAUACAUUGGUGUCAUAGAAGGCUUAUUUAACUUAAAUAUUGUUUUACCACUGAGAAAAUGGCAAAAAGAGUUCAUCUGGAAAAAGGUUUUAAAACUCAAAAAGGACUUUGAAAUUUGACGGUUUUGAGAUUUGCGCCGUAUAAAAGCACCCUUGUCAAAGAUGGUUUGUACAUUUGUCAAGACACUGUCGUUGUCAAGAAUGGUUUGUGUAUUUGUCAAAACACUGUCGUUGUCAAGAAUGGUUUCUACAUUUGUCAAGACACUG